UAAGGGCCCCCCUCCCAGCCAAACCCCGCCCCGGGAAGGCGAAGGGGAAGCGGGGGGGGCGCGGGGGUGGGGGAGCAGCGAUCGCGGCCAUGGCGGUGCUGGGCUACUGGGACAUCCGCGGCCUCGCUCACGCCAUCCGCCUGCUGCUGGAGCACACCGAGACGCCCUACGAGGACAAGCUGUACAGCUGCGGGGAAGCCCCCGACUACGACAAGAGCCAAUGGAUCAACGAGAAGGAGAAGCUGGGGCUGGACUUCCCCAACCUCCCUUACUUCAUUGAUGGCAGCACCAAGCUGACGCAGAGCAACGCCAUCCUGCGCUACAUCGCCCGCAAGCACAACAUGUGCGGGGAGACAGAGGAGGAGAAGCUGCGCGUGGACAUGCUGGAGAACCAGGUGAUGGAUUUCCGCAUGAGCCUGGUCAUGGUCUGCUACAACCCCGACUUUGAGAAGCUGAAGCCGGGGUACCUGGAGCAGCUGCCGGGGAAGCUGAAGCUCUUCUCCAACUUCCUGGGGGACCGCAAGUGGUUUGCGGGGGACAAGCUCACUUUCGUGGACUUCCUCAUGUUCGACGUGCUGGAGCAGAACAGCAUCUUCGAGCCCAAGUGCCUGGAGCCCUACAAGAACCUCAAGGACUUCAUGGACCGCUUUGGGGCCCUGGAGAAGGUCGCUGCCUACAUGAAGUCCAGCCGCUUCCAGAAGAUGCCCAUCAACAACAAGAUGGCCAAGUGGGGCAACAAGAAGGAGUAGGGGUGGGGGCCUUGCCCACCCCAUAGUGGGGCUGGGGGUCUCCGUGGGUGUGAGGACCCCAAACACAAUAAAUUGUGGAGAUCCAGCA